AACAAGUAAUAAAUACAAUUUCUGAUACAUCUAACUUAAUGAAACUUGCUUCUAGAAAAUUCAAAUUAUUAGAAGAUAAAGAAAUUCAUAUCUUUUUAGAUUCGAAAAGUAAGAAAAAGGAUACUUCAACAGAAUCUGAAAAGACAAUAAUUUCCUCAUCAUUAUAUAAUACAAAAGCUGUAACAAAAUAUUAUAAUUUUAACAAUUUUGACACUUCCUCCGAAAAACUUAAAUUAGAUGAUCAAAUCAUAGAAG